AGCUUCACAGACGCUCACAGGAAGACACACACAGACAGUCAGGAUGGAGGUGAAGCUGCUGUUUCUGACUGUUGUUCUGCUCUCCUCACCGCUCCUCACACUAUGUGCCCCGCUGUUUGUUCUGUCGGCUCCUAAUCUGCUGAGGGUGGGUUCCUCAGAGAACCUGUUUGUGGAGGCUCAGGAUUACUCUGGAGUAGCUCUCGAUGUGAAGAUCAUAGUUAAGAACCACCCAAAAAAAGACAAGGAGAUACUGUCUAAAUCAGUGAAACUGACUUCAGACAAAAAUUUCCAAAUCCUUACAGAUAUAAAGAUCCCUGAUGAUCAGAACUUGUUCUCUGACGAUCCUCUGGAGAAGCAGUAUGUGUAUCUACAAGCUCAGUUUCCAUCCGUCACUCUGGAGAAAGUGGUCCUGCUCUCAUUCCAGUCUGGAUAUAUAUUUGUCCAAACAGACAAGCCCAUCUACACACCUGCUAGCACAGUUCAAUACAGGAUUUUCUCUCUGACGCCCAACCUGGAACCACUCAGUCAAUCUGGAAUCACAGUGGAAAUCAUGAAUCCACAAGACAUCACAGUUUCAUCAGAGAAGAUAUUUCCAGUCAAAGGCAUGAAGUCUGGAAAAUAUGCCAUUCCUGAGAUGGCCAGUCCUGGGAUCUGGAAGGUGGUCACACUGUUCUCAAACACUCCUCAGAAGACGUUCACUGCAGACUUUGAGGUCAAAGAAUAUGUGCUUCCAACAUUUGAAGUGAAAUUAAAGCCCAGUAAGUCAUUCUUCUAUGUGGGUGAUGAGAGUCUGACAGUCGACAUUGAAGCCAAAUACCUGUUUGGACAGAAGGUGGAUGGAAAUGCGUUUGUGGUGUUUGGUGUGAUGGAAGAUGAGAAGAAAACAAGUAUUCCUGCAUCUCUGCAAAAAGUUCAGAUCGUGACAGGAAAGGGUACUGCAGAACUGACCAAUCAGAUGAUCACUGACACCUUUCCAAACAUUAACCAGCUGGUUGGACGAUCAAUCUAUGUUUCAGUCAGUCUAUUAACAGAAAGUGGCAGUGAAAUGGUGGAAGCAGAAAGGAGAGGCAUUCAGAUUGUGACGUCACCGUACACCAUCCACUUCAAAAAAACACCACACUUCUUCAAACCUGGGAUGCCCUUCGACGUCUCGGUAUACGUAACAAAUCCUGACCAGACGCCUGCUGUAAAUGUGGGAGUGGAGGUCAAUCCUGGAGGGGUCAGAGGUCAAACAAGAGACAACGGCAUUGCGAAGGUUACAGUCAACACUCCGGGAGGAUCUCCCACACUGGACAUCACUGCAAAGACCAAAGAUCCAGAUAUAAAAGACGAAAAUCAGCAGGCAGUGAAGAAGAUGACGGCUCAGGCCUAUGAGACCAAAGGUGGCUCCAACAACUACCUUCACAUCGGCAUUGAUGCUGUUGAGCUUCAGAUCGGUGAUCCAAUGAAAGUCAAUCUGAACACUGGACAAAGUCCAGGAGUCAAAGAUCAAGACUACACAUACAUGAUCUUAAGUAAAGGUCAGAUCGUUCAAGCAGACAGGUUCAAGAGGCAAGGACAAUCUCUAGUGACUCUGCCUGUGACUGUAACCAAAGACAUGGUGCCAUCCUUCCGCUUUGUGGCUUAUUACCAUGUGGGCCCGUCUGAGGUGGUGUCUGAUUCAGUCUGGGUGGAUGUGAAGGACACGUGCAUGGGAAAGCUCCAGAUUGAGGUGAAGGAGAAGAUGAAUAUCUAUGGCACAGGAGAUGAGGUCAAGCUGCAGAUAACUGGAGAUCAUGGAGCUAAAGUUGGUCUGGUGGUGGUUGACAAGGCUGUGCAAGUCCUUAACAAGAACAGACUCACUCAGACUCAGAUCUGGGACGUCAUAGAGAAGCAUGACACCGGCUGUACAGCAGGAGGUGGGAGGGACAGUAUGGGGGUUUUCACUGAUGCAGGUCUGAUGUUUGAGUCCAACGGUGCAGGAGGAACCAACACCAGAAUAAUGUCUGAGUGUCCUAAAACUUCAAAGAGAAAACGAAGAGCUGAGAGUCUCCUGCAGAUCACUAGUACACUGGCUGGUAAAUACUCCGGUGAACUGAAGCAGUGCUGCGUUGAUGGGAUGAGGGAUAAUAAACUCGGCUACACCUGUGAACGAAGAGCCACAUACAUCGUUGACGGACAAGCGUGUGUCAAGGCCUUCCUGGACUGCUGCAACCAGAUGAAAUCCCGCAAGAACACGAAGGACGAAGAGGAGGAAAUGGUUCUGGCUCGCAGUGAUGAUGACGAUGACUAUUACACAGACUCUGAAGAGAUUACGUCCCGUACGCAGUUCCCUGAGAGUUGGCUUUGGGAGGAGAUUGAUCUAUGUGACAAAUGUCCAACAACAGCCACAGAAAAAGUGAUCUACCUGAAAGACUCUAUCACUACCUGGCAGAUCUUGGCUGUCAGUCUGUCACCAACACUUGGCAUCUGUGUGGCAGAACCUGUGGAGAUGGUCGUUUUUAAACACCUUUUUAUUGACCUAAAGAUGCCUUACUCAGCUGUGCGCGGCGAACAACUGGAAAUCAAGGCCAUUAUUCACAACUACACCCCAAAGAAGCAGAAGGUGCGUGUGGAGUUCAUGGAGACAGAAGAUGUUUGCAGCUUUGCCAGUAAGAAAGGCAAAUACAGAACAACAGUAUCUGUUGACAAAGGCUCCAGCAUAGCUGUUUCAUAUGUGAUUAUUCCCAUGACGCUGGGAAAUCACAUGAUUGAGGUGAAAGCUUCAGCAUAUGAGGCCAUCUACACUGAUGGAGUGAGAAAGCCGCUGAAGGUGGUGUCUGAGGGUGUGCUGAUUUCAUUACAAAGAAAAAAUGUGGAGCUCAAUCCAGUUAAGAAUGGGGAAAAACCUGUACUUCUUAAAGGUGACAUACCAGAUGAUCGGGUUCCAGACACACCUGCUAACACGUACAUCUCAAUUGCUGGUGAAGAGAUCGCUCAGACAGUCGAGCAGGCCAUCAGUGGAGAUUUCAUGGGUCGCCUUAUUGUCCAGCCCAGUGGAUGUGGAGAGCAGAACAUGAUCUAUAUGACUCUACCUCUCAUUGCCACUCAUUAUCUGGACAGCACCAAUCAGUGGGCGGCUGUUGGCAUGGAGCGCCGUAAUGACGCCAUCAACCAUAUUAGCACAGGUUAUCAACAACAGCUGGGCUACCGUAAACCAGAUGGAUCAUAUGCUGCAUGGAUACACAGGCCGAGCAGCACAUGGCUGACAGCAUAUGUGGCUAAGGUCCUCGCCAUGGCCAACAACCUUGUUAUUAUAGAGGAAAAUGUGAUCUGCAGCGCCCUCAAGUGGCUGGUUCUGCACAAACAACUGCCAGACGGCUCCUUUAAAGAGGAAUCAGCUGUAAUUCAUGGAGAGAUGGUGGGUGACGUGCGUGGCAAAGAUGCCGAUGCCUCUCUGACGGCCUUUGUCGUGAUUGCCAUGCAAGAGGCCAGAGACAUCUGUGCUGAAUCAGUUGGAAGUCUGCAUGAAAGUAUCAGGAAGGCUGUUUCUUUCUUGGAAGGUCGGCUUCCACAACUGACCAAUCCUUACGCUGUUGCGAUGACGUCCUACGCCAUGGCCAAUGCCAACAAACUCAAUAAAGACAUCUUGAUGAAACGCUCCUCCCAACUAGAAGCCGGUCGGUCCUGGACUGUCUCUGGACAGCAUCAUCACUCACUAGAGGCGACGGCUUAUGCUGUGCUGGCGCUUGUGAAGGACAAAGACUUUGAUAAAGCAGGAGAAGCAGUGCACUGGCUGAACAGACAGCAGUCUCACUAUGGAGGAUCUGGUACCACUCAGGCGACCAUCAUGGUGUUCCAGGCCGUGGCAGAGUAUCGCACGCAGGUGAAGGACCGCCAAAACUUCAAUCUGGACGUGGAGCUGUCCGUGGCAGGAAGAAGCAAACCUGUCAGAUAUACUAUCAAAAGAGAGAAUGCACAUCUUACUCGGUCAGACAGGGUGGACAUAAACCAGGAGUUCAAUGUAACUGCUAAAGGAACUGGAACAGCCACUCUCUCAGUUCUGACGCUGUACUACGCCAGACCUGUUGAGAAGAAAUCUGACUGUACUUUCUUUGAUCUGACUGUUAAAAUGGAGAAAGACAAUGAAGCAAAACAAGGAGUCAUUGAAACGUACAAAAUCACUAUGGAUUUCUACUUCAAAAGUGAUAAAACCGAUGCCACCAUGACUAUUCUGGAUAUUGGCAUACCGACCGGAUUUACUGUGGAGACCAGAGAUCUGGAAGAGUUGUCCAGAGGGAAGGAGAGAUACAUUCAGAAAUUUGAGAUGGACAAAGUGCUCUCAGAGCGAGGAUCCCUCAUCCUCUACUUAGAUACGGUUUUGCGUAAAGAGCCACAAAGAAUUGCCUUCAGAAUGAACAAGAUCCUUAAUGUGGGUCUGCUACAACCUGCUGCAGUCACAAUAUAUGAAUAUUACUCUCCCAAUGCACGCUGUACAAAGUUCUUCCACCCUGAAAGGACAGAUGGUGCGAUAUCCAGACUGUGUAAGGGAGAACUGUGCCAGUGUGCAGAAGAAAACUGCAGUUACCAGAAGAAAACGGGUGUCGAAGAUGAUGAGCGUUUCAAUAAAGCCUGUGAAGCUGGCAUGGAUUAUGUUUAUAAAGUCACAGUGGUUGGAUCGGAUCUGAAACAGGACUCUGACAUCUAUGACUUGAAGGUGGAGCAGGUGCUGAAAGAAGGCACCGAUGUGGAUGUUGAGGGGAAAGUGAGACCAUUUUUGGCUCGUCCAAGUUGCAGAAACCAUUUAGGAUUGGUAGAAGGCAAGUCGUACCUCAUCAUGGGCAGAUCUGUUGACCUGCCAGAGCUCGGGGGAAGCCUGCAAUACAUCUUUGGAGAGCAGACCUGGAUUGAAUACUGGCCUACAAGACAGGAAAGCCAGACUCCAGAACACAGGCAGCGAUACAUCGGUAUCUCUGACCUCCAGAACAGCCUUCUCAAAGAAGGAUGUGCUACAUAAUCAUAUAACCAAAAUUUGUUGAUUACAGAAAAUUAAAUGUCACCUCUUGCAUGAAUCUUCAUAGUGUUGUUUUAUCCAAAAUACUGUUGUAAUUAAUAUAUAUACACUGACUGAAUAAAAAAAAAUAAUUUUCA